CUUUUUUAAACGCGUUCAUUUUUGAAGUGGUCCAAGUUGUCCUAGAUGGAUUGCCAUACAUUGGCUUUCACAUUCCACGUUUGUAAUGUUUGACAGCUGACGUCAGAGUGAGAGGCACUACGCCGCAGAUCAGCCGAGUCAUGUUCUCAUGAUCCAUUCAGCCUCUUAGGACAGUAUUCGUUGCCGAUUUCAGUGUAAAACCACAAACGCAUCCCGCUUGAGGUUGUCUUGAAUCAUAAUGGCCAACGUAACGUUUCUACGUUUAAAAAAUGAACGGUCAAAUCACUUUUGCUAGUUUGCCUGAUCGCUAGCUUAGGCUAGCUUCCAACCGAGCCUUGUUCAUCUUUCUGUUUUAUAAAGAAUAGGAAGACAAUGCAUUGCGCCGACUUUCUCGCUGGUUCUGUUGGAGGGGCCUUUGGUGUUGCAGUUGGGUACCCUUUAGAUACAGUCAAGGUGAGGAUUCAAACGCAACACCAGUACACGGGAGUUUGGCAUUGUAUUCGCUCUACAUGCAAGAAUGAAGGGGCGAAGGGUUUCUACAAAGGCAUGUCCAUGCCAGUCACCACCGUUUCCCUGAGCUCUUCUGUGGUGUUUGGGACCUACAGGAAUAUCCUCCAAAUCCUGGGUCAGCUACGACAUAGGAGUGUGGAUGCUCGGCCGGCCAAGCUGGAUAUCUUCCUCUCUGGGCUUGCUGGAGGGGUUGCGCAGGUGUCUGUGAUGUCCCCGGCGGACAUUGUGAAGGUGCGUCUGCAAUGUCAGGGGGUUCCCAUGCAGGGGCACGCUGCCGGGUCGCCGAGGCCCAAGUACCGGGGACCAGUGCACUGCCUGCUGACCAUCGCCCGGGAGGAGGGGGUUCUGGGGCUGUACAAGGGGGCCCAGGCACUCGCUCUGAGAGAUGGCCCUGCCUUCGCCACCUACUUCACCACCUACAAUGUCAUCUGUGAGAAGCUGUCCCCCCCGGGGCAGACCAGGCCAGAGUGGAAGGUGGUCCUGCUGGCCGGGGGUCUAUCGGGCACAUGUGGCUGGUUUGUCGGCACUCCCAUGGACGUGAUCAAGGCCCGUCUCCAGAUGGACUGGAUGGGGGAGAGGAAGUACAAGGGCUUCUUCCACUGCAUCACGGACAGCGUACGCACAGAGGGGCCGGGUGUGCUCUACAAGGGGCUGGCGAUCAACUGCGUGCGGGCCUUUCCGGUCAACAUGUCGGUGUUUGCCAUGUAUGAAGUAGUGAUCCGCCUGCUCAGACCCUCAACCUAGCGGUUCCAGAGCUGUUCAGUUCUACCUCGGUUUCCCAUGACUGUAAGGGCCAGUCCCAUUUCUACCCCUUACCCCUCCCCCUUGUUUUGAAGGGGUAAGGGGUAGAAAUGGGAUUCGGCCUAAAUUGAUCACGCUUUGGGAAUUGGCUUAUUUUUAUCUUUACAUACAUAUGUAUGUAUAUUAGGAUGGGAUCAUUUUCUUGGUCUGUAUGUAUUAUUUUUUUUCUGAUGUAGGCCUACGUAUCAUAAUCAAGUUUUUCUCAAAACUUAAAAAAGGGCAUUUUAAAUGUAAGUAAAAUAUUAACAUUCUUGCAUAUUUCUUUAAUACUUACAAUUUUUAUUGAAUUAGCUUUUAAUGUUUAGAUCUUAAGAGAUGGUACUUCAUACACAUCGCCAUUUCAAUUUUCUGAUGCCAAACAUAAUUGUUGCUCAAAUAUGAAUGCCUCUAUGAGGAGUUCUGGACACAAAACCACAUUUCCCAUGAGCUCUUUUGGCCCAUGUACAUGCAUACUCUAAACAUAUGCACAUUUUGCUGUGAAAUCCAAUAGAAUAGCUGUCUGGGAAUUCAGUAACAUAUUCACGUAGCUCUAAUUGUAGCCAUACUUGAAACUGUUUGCGCGUGACAAUAUUCCAACCUCCAGCCCAUCAUUAGGCCAUUAACUAUGACUUGAAUUGUAUUAAAUAUCUUCAUUAAUAUCAUUUUCACAAGCUGCGAUUAUGUAUGUGUUUGUAAGGCAGCUGAUGACACAAUUGUUGUGGCUUGAAGUUGUAGAAAACACUGCAAUCUACCUCUAUUCAAUGUGUACAUCAUAUUUAAGUAUAGAGCUAUAUUUAAACAUCGUUAAUACUACUACACUAAUUUAUUCAUGGAUGAUAACAGAUUUGUUUAAAAUACUGUGGUCUUUAAAAAAAUUUUAACAUAUUUUUAGACAGUGAAAUGACAUCUGUUCAGUAAUUAUUAAUAAAGGAUGUAAUAUGUGCUCAGUGUACUGUACAUUUGAUUUGGUUUUUUGAAUGCAGUCCAAUUCUAAUCCUCCAGUUCUCCUGAAAGAUAAUAUGUAGCCUACAUGUCUGGAGGGAGAUAACACAGCAACCAAAACUGACUGGCAUGAAAAGAAUGUAGGAAGGAGUCAACAAGGGAAACCAUGACGCUUCUCAAGGCUACAAAUGAUGUCAAUAAAUAUUGACAGUGUUAAGAAUGAUCCUUUUCUGUAAUGACUGAUAAGCUAUGCAAGAAAAAUGAAACACAAUUGUGUUGGGAUGUUUAACUACACAGCUUUGACAUCAAAACGUUUGUUAUCCAUAACCAAUUAAUCAAUUUUAACUGUUCUUGUCCCUUCAUGUUUGAAUGGAAAUUAGGCUGUUUCGUGUAUUGUCUAUCAUAAUGGUCUUAUUUGAGGCGUCAUAUUUCAUCCUGGGUUGACCCUUGGUGAUCUUUCAGUGUAAGGUGUAUUAGUCCCAGACUGACAUUUGGAAAACGAUUUCAAAGGUACUGUCUUCUGCAAAUUUGAGUGUUUACCAAUAGUAAAGACAUACUCAGUGUGAGGGAUAUCACUUUACUUAAGACAGGGUAACACUCCUACCUUCGUCGUACACUGAUCACAGCCAUACAAACAUUGAGGUGACACGUCGUGGUUGCUAGAUCGUAAGCGUUUGCAAUGCCAUGCUACCUUCAACAGCAGGGAAUAGUGUUCUCGGGGC